AUGGCAGAAUAUCAAUUAGUAUCGAAAGGAGCAUUGAAGCUUAAGGGAGAUGCUGGUAUCAAAAAGAAAAAAAAGGAAAAGAAAAAUAAGAAAAAGAUGGAAGAAAUUAUAGAAGCUGAAGUGCCCCAAGUUAAGAAAACUGAGCAACUUACUAAAGCCGAAAUAGCUUUUCUGAAGAUGCAAGAAAAAGUGGAAAAGGAAAGAAUAAUAAAGAAAGCAUCAAUGACUCACAAACAGCGAGUUGAAGAAUUCAAUAAACAUCUUGAUAGCUUAACGGAGCACUUUGAUAUACCAAAAGUCAGCUGGACAAAAUAA